UUGAAAGAGCAGUCACGAUGGGAUUGCUGUCUGUCGGUGUUGGGCCGUUUCGGAACCGAGUGCGGGCAGUUCGGAGCUGGAGCCGAGACUUAUCCACGAUUUCAGCUACUCUGCGCAGCGGCGGCGCACACCCGUCGAAGGUGUCACUGGUCCAAAGAAGAUGUGGAAGAUUAUAUCAACACAGUUUUUCACUUGCUCGGUUACUGAGCUCAAACAAACCCCCAAGAGGUUUUGAAAAGUUUUUUCCAAAGAGUGAAGAAAGCACUGGCGUCAACAAGUCAGCUGAAGGUGAAAAUACCAAAGAACAAGAAACUCCUGUAAGGGAAGAGCAGGACACAAAUGAUGAUGGUGGCGAUGAAAGACGAAGAGGAGGAAAAAAGGAUGAAUCCCACUGGUGGACACGCUUUCAGCAGACUGAUUUUCCUGUUGAUGAAAAAACACUUCGGUAUUUUGCAAUCGCUUCAGCAGGCAUGGCCUCGGCUUUUUUGUACUUUUACUUCCGAGAGACGGGGAUGCAGAUCUCCUGGAAGGACUUUGUCCAUUACUACUUGAACAGAGGAUUGGUGGAUCACUUGGAGGUUGUAAAUAAACAAUAUGUCAAAGUAAUUCCUGCCCAUGGAGUGAACACAUCAGAAGUGAACUAUCUGUGGUUCAACAUUGGCAGUGUUGACUCAUUUGAGCAUAACCUGGAGACGGCCCAGCGAGAAAUGGGAUUGGACUCACAGAGAGUACCUGUAUUUUACAGCACUGAGAGCGACGGGACACUCCUUUUCAGCAUUCUCCCAGCCUUACUGAUGGUCGGCUUUUUAGUUUUUGCCAUGCGGCAGGGACCAACAGCAGGAGGGCGUGGGGGCAGGGGGCGGGUAAAUCCCUUCAGCAUGAGUGAAUCCAAAGCCAAGAUAACGAAGGGCAACAUCAAUGUUCGGUUUAAGGAUGUCGCAGGCUGUGAGGAGGCCAAACUGGAGAUAUUGGAGUUUGUCAACUUCUUGAAGAACCCGCGGCAGUACCAGGACCUAGGAGCCAAGAUCCCAAAGGGUGCUGUGUUAUCAGGUCCGCCUGGUACUGGCAAGACCCUGCUGGCGAAGGCCACUGCAGGAGAAGCAGGAGUCCCCUUCAUCACCGUCAACGGCUCCGAGUUCCAGGAGAUGUUUGUUGGCGUGGGCCCAGCGAGGAUAAGGGAUACCUUUUCCACAGCUCGAAAAAAUGCCCCAUGCAUCCUCUUCAUUGAUGAGAUUGACGCGGUUGGCAAGAAGAGAGGCGGGGGGAACUUUGGUAACCAGAGCGAGCAGGAAAACACCCUCAACCAGUUGCUUGUGGAGAUGGAUGGGUUCAACAGUCGCACUAAUGUGGUUGUUUUAGCUGGCACCAAUCGAGCGGAUGUCCUAGAUCCAGCUUUGAUGAGGCCGGGACGUUUUGAUCGACAUAUAUAUAUAGGUCCACCUGAUAUAAAGGGAAGGGCAUCCAUCUUUAAGGUGCAUUUAAGACCUCUGAAGUUGGACACUAGUAUAGAAGUAGAGGCUUUGGCCAGGAAGCUCGCUGCACUAACCCCAGGUUUUACAGGGGCUGAUAUUGCUAAUGUGUGUAAUGAGGCUGCUCUAAUAGCGGCACGUCACCUCAACCAACAUGUCAAUACAAAGCACUUUGAACAGGCAGUCGAGAGAGUUAUUGGAGGUCUAGAGAAAAAGACUCAGGUCCUGCAGCUCCCAGAGAAGACUACUGUGGCGUAUCAUGAGGCUGGACAUGCUGUGACCGGCUGGUUCCUGGAACAUGCAGACCCCCUACUUAAGGUGUCCAUUGUUCCCAGAGGGAAAGGUUUGGGUUAUGCUCAGUAUCUGCCUAAGGAACAGUACCUGUUCACCAAGGAGCAGCUGUUUGACAGGAUGUGCAUGAUGCUGGGAGGUCGAGUGGCUGAGCAGGUUUUCUUUAGACGAAUCACCACUGGGGCGCAGGAUGACCUCAGGAAGGUCACUCAGUCUGCGUAUGCACAGGUUGUACAGUUUGGAAUGAAUGAGGCGGUGGGUCAGGUGUCCUUCAAUCUCCCUCAGCCUGGUGACAUAGUUACUGAGAAGCCCUACAGUGAAACUACAGCCCAGCUUAUAGACCAGGAGGUCCGCUUGCUUAUAGAUGCUGCCUUCCAGCGAACACUUCAACUUGUCACUGAUAAAAAAGAUAUGGUUGAGAAGGUGGCAAAACGUCUUCUAGAAAAGGAGAUUCUUGACAAAGCUGACAUGGUGGAGCUGCUAGGAACUCGUCCCUUUCAUGAAAAAUCAUCAUAUGAGGAGUUUGUUGAGGGGAUGGGGGAGUAUGAGGAGGACACCUCUCUGCCCAUAGGGCUAAAGAACUGGAACAAAAACAAAGGAGAAGAAAAACACUCGCAGAAUCGGCAAAACAAAUCCGCCCUUUUCCUGUAGGUUGACAUGCAGCCUGAAGGUAAAUAUUCCACUGGAGUCAGGUGAAUAUUUCUGAAGCUCAGCAGCAUCUGGUCCAGACUGUCAGGAAGUAAAUCCCUUGUUCAUCUCAUGGACAACUGCAAAGAGAGAGAUGGUGAAGUGUUGCACAGGUCAUAAAUGGCCUGAAUUAUGCACGUUUUUUUUUUUUUUACUACAAUAUUUUUUUAAUUGUAGUUUUUAUAUUCUAAGGGGGAAUUGUACUAAAAAUUACUCAUCCUUUUCCUGUCAGGUCAGUUUAAAGUCAGUGAGCAAAGGCUUUUGUGAAGAGUGCGGUUUGUGGCGUACAUUUCACCAGAGGUGCCUUCCUUCAACGCUCUGACAUACACCUGACAGAAUAAUCUGUAGCCAUGGUCUGGAAAGUUACUGAGCUCAAAAAAGAAAUCAGUUGAAAUAUACUUUUUAACAUUCAGAGUGAGUUGACGUUACAUUACAUUAGAAUGUUACAUUAGUUGCAGUGUGUAUUGUUCUGUUACACACUGCUCUGGUAUCAUGUGAUGGUAUAUGAGAUAUACUUUAUUCUAAGGCUCAUUGCCAUUAUCCAACCAUGAAUCUAUAAAUCUGAUAAGGAUGACUUCAGUCUCAGCCACCACUUCAUUAUGUUAAUGGCAAAAUAAUUAAAAUUUGUUUUCCCUGAGGGGGAAAACCAGGUUUCUCAUUUCUCAGAUGUUUGGAUUUCACAACUACUAUUGACUGUUUUUUUUUUUACUCUUUCUCACACCAUUGUACAGUGAAGUCAUUCUUGCAAUACUGUGAUGUUAUCUCUCAACUUAAAAACAUUUUCAUCACCAGUAUAGUCCUCCAGCAGACUUAAACCAUUCUCAACACGGUUCUUAUAUUUUAGCAGUAAAGGCAGCUGUUUGAACUGUUUGUAAAUUUCUUUUGUGCACUUAUGACCGAUGUUUGGAAUUGGUCUUGCGUGCCUUGGAUCACAUGUACUGUAGGGUGUUGCCUUCUUCCCAUUGUCUCAUAGUAUUAAGAGUCAACACUGCUGUAGAUAUCUCCUAGAAUUGGGAACAACUGAGCCGAAUGAGAAUGAAAUAUAAGCUUAGAAAAUGACACACCAAUCACACCUCACUCACUUCCACUACCUCACAGUCUCUGUUCUCUUAACUGCCUCUUCAAAUAACAUAAUUUUGACAUUACAUGGGUCACAUUACUCACACUACAGCCUAGUAAAGUUUUUUUUCUUUUGAUAAUCAUAUAAAUUGACGGACUGAUGCUUUCUUUGCUUUACAUUCGCUCCUGUGGUUAACACAAAUUAUGGCUCAAAGUAAAGAGAGGAUCAAUUAAUUGGCAUUUUCCAUGGAUAGAUUGCAUGACCAUCUUCAUUUUGAUGAAUUGAAACCCUUUAAAAUGUAUUGACAUACCAAAAAUUGCUGUUAUUCAUCCUCCAGGUCAAUUUUGGCUUAUGUUUGAAUGAUUUCUCUAAUCGUGAGCCAAGCUAUAUUAGCUGAAUAACUAUUCAUGUAGCAUUUGAAAAUCACUCUUAUCAGGGCUGGUUACACACUGUUAUUGUAAUGCCAAUGGUGUCUUAAUAGUUAAGCCAUUUGCUCCUGAGCCAAGUACACAUGUUUAAGAAUAAAAACAUACUUGAACUAAAUGCCUUGCAGUAUGGGCAGUGAGAGCCCUUUUAUAAAAAAUAUAGAUUUAUCAGGUUUUUCAGUAAUAAAUAAAGUAAAUAAAUGAUGAGCAGACAGGUUGUAUAGUAUCAGUGUAUAUGAGAUCUAUUGGGUGUUUUGUGCCUGCUUUACAAUGCACUGUUCUUGUUCUUGCUUGAUGAAUAUUCCUUUUUACAUAUUACUGGAGAAUAUUGAUUUUCUUUGAGAUGUGCUGACAAAUGUGAGGCUGUUGUGGCUCACAGCCAUAUUAAAAAAGAGAGAAAAAAA